AUGACAUUGGUGCAACAACUCACCGGCCUCUCUCGUUCAAACCGUUAUGCAGAUCAAGAAGAGGAGGAGAUUGACGAUGAUGAUGACAACCCACCGUCGCAAAAACCCGCAAAGCAUGAUUCUGGGGGUAGCAUGGCGGUGAUAGGAGACAAGGAAAGCGAAAGAGAGAAUGUUAUCAUGGUGAGAAACGAGGAAAACGAGGCAUCAUCGGUGAUAACGGAAGAAAAUAAUUGUAGCAGCAGCAUAGGAGAAAACCAAGUUAACUCUUGUUUCAUGGAGAGGGAGGGACCAAGACUGGAGCCUCCGUUGAACCCUUACACGACAAUGUUGCCGUCGAGCUCGGGGGAGUUCGUGUAUUCGAGUCAGCCAUUGUUGAAUUACUCAGAUUCUUUGUUCUUCUCGCAUAAUAUGAGGACCUCUAUUCCAUCAUCGACCACAUUGGAAGGGAUGAAAGAGUUCCGUGAGCAUUGA